GGCGUGGCCUGGCGCGCGAGGGAGGGAGGAGGGGGGAGAGCCGGGGAAGGGAACAGCCAAGAUGGCGGCCGGGGCUGAGGCGAGCGAAGCGCCGCUGAGGAGAACCCUGGAGGCUCCCCCGUCGUGAUCCUGUCCCCCCCGUUGCCCUCCCCCCGGCCUGAGCAUGUCCAGUUCGGGCUACCCCACCAGCCAGGGGGCCUUCAGCGCGGAGCAGAGCCGCUACCCCACCCACUCGGUCCAGUACACCUUCCCCGGCGGGCGGCACCAACAGGAGUUUGCCGUCCCGGACUUCCGGGCCUCCCACCUGGAGGUCAGCCAGGCCACGCAGCUCCUCCAGCAGCAGCAGCUCCGACGGCGCCCUUCCCUCCUCUCCGAAUUCCACCCGGGCGCCGACCGGCCGCAGGAGCGGCGGUCCGGCUACGAGGCGCAGUUCCACGGGGCGGGCCCCUCUCAGUCCGACCAUGACGCCCUGGAGGCCAAGCGCCCGCGCCUCGACACCCUCUCGGACGCCCACUACCAGCGGGUCAGCGCCGCCGCCGCCGCCUCCCUGCCCUUGGCCCACGCCCUGCAGGAGGGGCUCCGGGGCUCCGACUUGAAGAAGGAGCCGGGCUUUGGGGGCAAGCAUGAGGGCCCGGGGUCUCCGCUGGGGGGCCAGCCCCGAGACGAGGACCAGAAUGCCUCCCCCUCCAAGCUCUCCAAGGAGGAGCUCAUCCAGAGCAUGGACCGCGUGGACAGGGAGAUCGCCAAGGUGGAGCAGCAGAUCCUCAAGCUCAAGAAGAAGCAGCAACAACUGGAGGAAGAGGCGGCGAAGCCCCCGGAGCCCGAGCGCCCGGUCUCGCCUCCGCCGGUGGAGCAGAAGCACCGCAGCGUCGUCCAGAUCAUCUACGACGAGAACCGGAAAAAAGCCGAGGAAGCCCACAAGAUCUUCGAAGGCCUGGGACCCCGGGUCGAGCUGCCGCUGUACAACCAGCCGUCGGACACCAAGGUGUACCACGAAAACAUCAAGACGAACCAAGUCAUGAGGAAGAAGCUGAUUCUGUUCUUCAAGCGGAGGAACCACGCCAGGAAGCAGCGGGAGCAGAAGAUCUGCCAGCGCUACGACCAGCUGAUGGAGGCCUGGGAGAAGAAGGUGGACCGGAUCGAGAACAACCCGCGCCGGAAGGCCAAGGAGAGCAAGACGCGGGAGUAUUACGAGAAGCAGUUCCCGGAGAUCCGGAAGCAGCGGGAGCAGCAGGAGCGCUUCCAACGGGAGACCAGCAACAAAAUGUUGCAGCGCGCAGAGCCUCCUGUCCAGGGUUCCAGCAGGGUCGGCCAGAGGGGCGCCGGGCUCUCCGCCACCAUCGCGCGGAGCGAGCACGAGAUCUCGGAGAUCAUCGACGGGCUCUCGGAGCAGGAGAACAACGAGAAGCAGAUGCGGCAGCUCUCGGUCAUCCCGCCCAUGAUGUUCGACGCGGAGCAGCGGCGGGUCAAGUUCAUCAACAUGAACGGCCUGAUGGAGGACCCCAUGAAGGUCUACAAGGACCGGCAGUUCAUGAACGUCUGGACCGACCACGAGAAGGAGAUCUUCAAAGAAAAGUUCGUCCAGCAUCCAAAGAACUUUGGCCUAAUUGCUUCUUACUUAGAAAGAAAGAACGUCCCGGACUGCGUCCUGUACUACUACCUGACCAAGAAGAACGAAAACUACAAGGCCUUGGUGCGGCGUAACUACGGCAAGCGGCGUGGGAGGAACCAGCAACAAAUCGCUCGGCCGUCCCAGGAAGAGAAAGUCGAGGAGAAGAUCGAGGAGGAGAAGGCCGAGCGGACUGAGAAGAAGGAGGAGGAGAGGAGAGAUGAAGAGGAGAAGGACGAGAAAGAAGAAUCCAAGGAGACUCCCAAGGAGAAGGAGAAGGCCGAGGCGGUGCCCGAGGAGCCCGAGGAGCGGGAGCAGGUCGCGCCCCGGGGCCGGAAGACCGCCAACAGCCAGGGCCGCCGAAAGGGACGCAUCACCAGGUCCAUGACCAAUGAGGCCGCCGCCGCCAACGCCGCCGCCGCCGCCACCGCCACCGAAGAGCCGCCACCACCACUGCCGCCGCCUCCGGAACCCUCCUCCGCGGAGCCGGUCGAGACGUCGCGCUGGACGGAGGAAGAGAUGGAAGUGGCCAAGAAAGGCUUGGUGGAGCACGGGCGCAACUGGGCGGCCAUAGCCAAGAUGGUGGGCACCAAGAGCGAGGCCCAGUGCAAGAACUUCUACUUCAACUACAAGCGGCGGCACAACCUGGACAGCCUCCUCCAGCAGUACAAGCAGAAGUCCUCCCGGCGUCCCCGCGAGGAGCGCGAGGUGUCCCAGAGCGAGAGCGUGGCCUCCACCGUCUCGGCCCCCGAGGACGAGGACAUCGAGGCCUCCAACGAGGAGGAGAACCCCGAAGACAGCGAAGGCGCUGAGAACAGCUCCGACACGGAGAGCGCCCCCUCGCCCUGCCCCACCGAGGCCCCCAAGCCCAUGGAAGAGGCCCCUCCCGCGUCCCGGGCGGCCUCGGAGUCCGUGCCGGAGGGCGAGUCCGCCGCGAAGCCGGAGCCCGGCGGGUCCCCUCGUUCUCCUCCGCCGGAGGCCCCGGGCGUGAAGGCGGAGGAGGAGAAGGGGGCGGCCACGGAGAUGCGGGUGAAGGAGGAGGCGCCGGGCGAGGCGGAGGAGGAGGAGGAGGAGCCCAUGGAGACCGGGGGGGAGGCCAAGCCCCCCAAGGCCGAACCCCCCGAGGGCCCCCCACCGCCCCCCCAAGAGGUCCGCGUCAAGGCCGAGAGCGAGGCCAAGGAGGAGGCGGCAGAGAGCGAGGCCAAGGAGAAGGGCCCGCCCCAGAGGGGGGGCUUCGGGACCCCCGCCCCUGCGCCGGCCCCCCCGGACCACUCCGACAACGACUCCAGUGCCACCUGCAGCGCCGACGAGGAGGUCGACGGGGAGCCCGACCGGCAGAGGUGGGCCGCCCUCCCCCGCGGGGGACACAGCCCCCUGCCCCCCCCAGAGACCAGGAUUUUUGGGCUGGACGGCAAGCCUUCCCUCCUGAACCCGGCGGGGCCCCUCCUGGUGUCGCCGAACCUCAAACAAGGCCCGAUGGACCUGCAGCAGCUCCAGAACCGGGCGGCCGUCAUCCCGCCCAUGGUCUCGUCCUCCUCCCUGCCGGGGCUGCCCCAGGGGAUGGCCAUGAGCGGCUACACGCUCUUCCAGCAGCACAUCAAGGCCAUGCACAAGUCCACCAUGAUGGAGGAGCAGCAGCAGCACCGCCAGCGCCAGGAGCACAUGGAGGCCGAGUGCCGGCGGUCGGACAGCCCCUGCGGACCCGCCCGGAGCCCCAGCCUCGAGUGGGACGGGAAACCCAUGGCCUACAUGCCGUACGCCGACAUGAAGCGCGCCAUGGAGCAGGAGGCGCAGAUGCAGGGCGCGGCGGCCCGCUCCUCCUCGCCGUACCGCCUGUCCCCCCGUGAGGUCAGCAAGGCCUCCCCCCAGCCGGACCUCAACGCCGUGCGAUACAGUGUCCCGCCAGUUCUCCAGCCCGCGCCCCACCAAGUCAUCACCAACCUCCCCGAAGGGGUCCGGCCCCUGACGACCCGGCCGACCCGGCCUCCGCCCCCCUUGAUCCCCUCCUCCAAGACGGCGGUGCCCUCCGAGAAGCCCUCUUUCAUCAUGGGGGGCUCCAUCUCGCAGGGGACCCCCGGCACCUACUUGACCUCCCACAGCCAAGCGUCCUACGGCCAAGAGCCCUCCAAGCCCUCGGUGGGCUCCAUCUCCCUCGGAUUGCCAAGGCAACAGGACUCCGCCAAAUCAGCUUCCAUGCCCUACAUCAAGCAGGAGGAAUUCUCUCCCCGGGGCCAGAACUCGCAGCCCGAGGGCCUCUUGGUCAGAGCCCAGCACGAAGGGGUGGUCCGAGGGACGGGGUCCGCUAUCCAGGAAGGCAGCAUCACCCGGGGGACACCGGCCAGCAAGAUGUCGGUGGAGGCGAUGCCAUCUCUGCGCGGUUCCAUCACUCAGGGGACGCCAGCGCUGUCCCAGUCAGGGAUUGCGGCCGACGUCCUGCUGAAGGGGACCAUCACGCGCCUGGCCACCGAGGACAGCAGCCCCGAGAAGUGCCGGGAAGAGUCUGGCGCCUCCAAAGGCCACGUCAUUUACGAGGGAAAGAGCGGGCACAUCAUCACCUACGACGCCAUCAAGAACGUCCGAGAGGGAACCCGGAGCCCGCGGACGGCUCAUGAGAUGAGCUUGAAGCGGACCUAUGACGCCAUGGAAGGAAACAUCAAGCAAGGGAUGUCCAUGCGGGAGUCGCCCGUCUCCGCGCCCUUGGAAGGGCUGAUCUGCCGUGCCCUCCCCCGGGGCAGCCCUCACGCGGACCUCAAGGAGAGGACCGUGCUCUCGGGGUCGAUCAUGCAAGGCACCCCGCGAGCGACGCCCGAGAGCUACGAGGACGGUCUGAAGUACCCGAAGGUCAAGCGGGAGUCUCCCCCCACGCGGAGCUUCGAGGGCGCCAUCUCCAAGGGGAAGCCCUACGAGGGGGUCACCACCAUCAAGGAGAUGGGCCGCUCCAUCCACGAGAUCCCCCGGCAGGACCUGCUGGGACAGGAGAGCCGCAAGACGCCCGACAUCGUCCCCGGAGCCCGGCCCAUCAUCGAGGGCUCCAUCUCCCAGGGGACGCCCAUCAAGUACGAGAGCGGCCCUGCUCCCUCGGCCAUCAAGCACAACGUCAAGUCGCUGAUCACGGGUCCCAGCAAGCUGCCCCGCGGGAUGCCGCCGCUGGAGAUGGUGGCGGAGAGCGCCAAGGCGGCCGAGCAGCGCGGGAAGUACGAGGAGGCCAAGGCGGCGGCGGGCGGAGGGGAAGUGCGGCCGCGCCACACCUCGGUGGUCAGUGCGGGCCCCUCCGUCCUGCGCUCCACGCUGCAUGAGGCGCCCAAGGCCCAGCUCAGCCCCGGGAUCUACGAGGACAGCGGCGCCCGGAGGACCCCCGUCGGCUACCAGAGCCUGUCCAGGAGCUCCCCCAUGAUGAACCGGGGGCCGGAAGGGAAGUCGGCGAACCACGAGAGGAAGUCCACCCUGACGCCGACGCAGCGGGAGAGCGUCCCGUCCAAGUCGCCGGUCCCCGGGGUGGAUCCGGUGGUGACCCACGGGCCCUUUGACCCCCACCACCGUGGGGCCACGCCGGAUGUCUACCGGAGCCACCUCCCGUCCCACCUGGACCCGGCCAUGCAGUUCCACAGGGCGUUGGAUCCCGCCACGGCCUACAUGUUCCAGCGGCAGCUGUCCCCCACGCCGGGCUACCCAAGCCAGUACCAGCUCUACGCCAUGGAGAACACGCGGCAGACCAUCCUCAACGACUACAUCACCUCCCAGCAGAUGCAGGUCAACCUGCGCCCCGACUUGGCCCGGGGCCUCUCCCCGCGGGAGCAAGCGCUGGGCCUACCCUACGCCGGGGCCAGAGGGAUCAUUGACCUGAACAGCAUGGCGCCCACCAUCCUGGUGCCCCACCCGGGGGGCCCCAGCACCCCUCCCAUGGAGAGGAUCACCUACAUCCCCGGCACCCAGCUGGCCUUCCCCACACGGCCCUACAACCCGCCCUCCAUGUCCCCAGGACACCCGUCCCACUUGGCGGCCUCCGCCGCGGCCAACGCCGAACGGGAGCGGGAGCGAGAGAAGGAACGGGAGCGGGAAUGGGAGCGGGAGAGGAUCGCCACCGUCCCCUCCGAGCUCUACCUCCGUCCGGGCGCCGAGCCCCCCGGCCGCCCCUCGAGCCACGGCUACGUCCGCUCGCCCUCCCCCUCGGUGCGCGGCCAGGAGAGCAUCCUGCAGCAGCGGCCCAGCAUUUUCCAAGGCUCCAACGGGACGAGCGUCAUCACCCCGCUGGACCCCAGUGCCCAGUUGCGCAUCAUGCAGCUUCCUCCCGGCGGCCCCUCCAUCACGCAAGGCCUGCCCGCUUCCCGCUACAACACGGCCGCCGAUGCUUUGGCCGCCUUGGUGGACGCCGCGGCCUCCGCCCCGCAGAUGGAGGUGGGCAAGUCGAAAGAGGGGGGGAAGCACGAGGGGGGGCGCAUCGAGGAGAACCCGGGACGCCGGUCGGUGGUCAGCGAGCAGCAGCAGCCACAGCAAAUGGAGCCGAAGGAGGCCGAGAAGCGGGCGUACCCCUCGUCGUCGUCUUCGUCCUUCUCCGGCGGCAAAGCCCAGGGCCAGUCCGUGUCGUCGUCCGGAUACUCGGAGGCCGGGAAGGAGAAAGGCCCGCCCUCGAUCUCCAAGUACGAGGAGGAGCUGCGCACCCGGGGGAAGACCACCAUCACCGCCGCCAACUUCAUCGACGUCAUCAUCACCCGGCAGAUCGCCUCCGACAAGGACGCCCGCGACCGCGGAUCCCAGAGCUCGGACUCUUCCAGCAGCCUUUCCUCUUCCCACCGGUACGAACCGCCCCGAGACGCCAUCGAGGUGAUCAGCCCCGCCAACUCUCCCGCCCCACCGCCCCAGGAGAAGAUGCCCCCGUACCAGCCGGAGCCCCCCAAAAUGGGACAAGGAGAACGAGACUGCGGCCGCCCGUACGAGGGAUCCAUCCAUCCGUACCGCUCGCAACAGGAUUCCCCGUCGCCUCAACAACCACCGCCUCCUCCGCCGCAACAACAGCAGCAGCAGCCGCCUCCGCAGCCGCCGGGUGAAGGGAUGGGGCCGGUCCCUCGCACCCACCGCCUCAUCACUCUGGCCGAUCACAUCUGUCAAAUCAUCACGCAGGACUUUGCCCGCAGCCAAGCCUCCAGCCAGGCGGCCCUGCAGGCCCCGGGCAGCACAUUCCAGGCCUCGGCCCCGUCCUCGGCGGCCCCCUCCGGACGGGCAAAGCCCCCCAGUCGGUACAGCCCCGAGGCCCAGGCCCAGGCCGCGCCCCCGCACCAGCGGCCGGCCUCCAGGGUCUCCCCCGAAAACCUCUCCGACAAGAGCAGGGGAAGGCUCGGGAAAUCCCCGGAAAGGAGCCACGUCUCCUCCGAGCCGUACGAGCCGAUCUCCCCGCCGCAGCCCCCCGCCGGACACGAGAAGCAGGACAACCUCCUGUUGCUCUCCCAGCGGUCCGAGCCUUCCGAACAGAGGACGGACUCCCGCUCGCCCGGAAGCAUGAGCUACCUGCCUUCCUUCUUCACCAAGCUGGAGAGCACCUCGGCCAUGGUCAAGUCCAAGAAGCAGGAGAUCUUCCGGAAGCUGAACUCCUGCGGCGGAGGCGACUCGGACAUGACUGCUGCUCAGCCGGGGACGGAAAUAUUUAACUUGCCCGCCGUCACGACUUCAGGACCGGUCAGCGCCCGAGGCCACUCCUUUGCCGACCCGGCCAGCAACCUGGGCCUGGAGGACAUCAUCCGCAAAGCCCUGAUGGGCAACUUCGACGAGAAAGGCGAGGACCACGGCCUGGCCAUGGGCCAGCCCUUGGGGCUCCUGCCGGGGGGCGCCGGCCCGGCGAGCGGCGAGACCCGCAGGGAGGACGCCAACCCCUCGCCCAACCCGGGCGGGGGAGUCGGCAAGCCGAAGCUGAUGGGCAAGUCGGCCAGCCGGAAGUCCAAAUCCCCGCUCCCGGGGCAGGGCUACCUGGGGGCAGAGCGGCCCUCGUCGGUCUCCUCGGUGCACUCGGAGGGCGACUACCACCGGCAGACCCCGGUGUGGUCCUGGGAGGACCGGCCCUCCUCCACAGGUCAGCCGAGCCAGGCGGCCGGCGGGGAGAGCAACUUGAAAGCAGGCUCCACCCAGUUCCCGUACAACCCCCUGACGAUGCGCAUGCUGAGCAGCACCCCUCCGACGUCCAUCGCCUGCACCCCGUCGGCGCCCGGCCAGGUGACCCCCCACCAGCCCAACCGGAUUUGGGAGCGGGAGCCCGCUCCGCUGCUCUCGGCCCAGUACGAGACCCUUUCGGACAGCGACGACUAAACCCGGGGCCGACGUUGGGGUGUGUACACGUGCGAGAGAGAGGGCAGGGAAGGCCCCGCUCCACGCGCUGCGGCCCCGAAGACGGUCCUGGAGAGAAAUUGGCCAGACGGCGUUAUUUCUGGAACUUGGAAAUAUUAUUGCGUUUCCCCCGAUCGGGUGGCAAAGACUCCUUUCUAGGAUCGGGAGAGGACUGAAAAAUAUGUAAAGAGGUGUUUUUGUUUUUUUAAAAGAAGAGGACAUAUUCCUGAGCGACAGGAAACCAAGAGAGAGAGAGGAAGAGAUUGUUUCCCGCUCUGUAAAUAGAGUCACCUCCCCCCCGCAGAACCGCGCAACGCUAGAGUAUCCUGGUGUAACUUUUUGUCAAAAUCAUUGCAUACAACUCUUUGGGGUCGUUUUAUAAUUUUUUUUAACGGAUUUUAUUUUUCCCGCUCGAUGUUCGUUAUUUUUCAGGCGUCGUCCGUCCUGAACGUCUCGAGAGACGGCGUUCGUUCGCUCGUUUCCGUCGACACGAAACGCCGGACGUUGUUGAUUUGUUCGUUUUCGUCGAGAUGUUCUGGACAAAACUGUGGAUGUCGUUCAUUUGUUCGUUUCCCUCGACACGUUUGUCCCGAACGUCUCGAAACGCCAGACGUUGUUGAUUUGUUCGUUUUCGUCGAGAUGUUCGGGACAAAACUAUGGAUGUCGUUCUUUUGUUAGUUUCCGUCGACACGUUUGUCCCAAACGUCUCGAAACAAAACAACGGACGUUGUUCAUUUGCUCGUUUUCGUCGUCACGUUCAUGCCGGACGCCGCCGCUCGGCACAUAACAACCUCCCCGUUUGUUCGGCUGUAUAUUGCUACUUUUCCCAACGCAUACUUUCUUCUUUUUUUGUGUUUCCUGUGGUGACAAAAUACCUUGUGGAGAUUUUUAUUUCGAACCCGGACCCCAUCUCGAAUGCUGUACAUUUUUUUAAAAAUAGGAAAACAAAAUAUAACUUGGUUUCGCCGGGAUUUAAAAAAAAAAAUGCUACUAUCUUCUCCGUACCGCCGUACAUUCCCCAAACUGUGAAACGUUGGCCUGGGGACGUAAUUGUGACACCUUUCCUCUCUCGCGUACACAACAAAACCCUCGCUUCGAGAUUGCCGUUCUUACAUUUUAUCUCGCUUGUAACUAAAUCGGUUUUCCAGAACCAAACAA